GUUCAGUCAUAUCAGAAUGAACGACUCUGCGAUGUGUCAUAGGCAGUAAUCUUCCAACAGUCGUGGUGAGAGGAUCGCAUACAGUGCUCGAAACUUACUGUCUCUGAACUGUUUAUCAACAAUGUCUAAGGUAAUCCGUAAGAUCGUGUCUUCCGGUAAAUGUCCAAAGCCACUAGCUCCGUACAGCCAAGCAGUAGUCGCGGACCGCACCGUUUACUGUUCGGGAGUGAUCGGCAUUGAAUUGAAUGAGCCGAAGCUGGUAUCGGGAGGAGCCACCGCCCAAACGGCCAAAGCACUGGAGCAUCUAUCAAAUCUUCUGCAGGAAGCCGACUCCGGCAUUGACAGGGUCGUCAAGACUACGGUGCUACUGUCCGACAUGAAUGAUUAUGCUGCCGUGAACGAGGAGUACAAAAAAGUUUUCAGCAAAAACUUUCCAGCACGAACCUGCUAUGCCGUAGCGAAACUGCCUCUUGGAGCCGCGGUUGAAAUCGAAGCCAUUGCCAUUGCAGGAAAUGUUCAAGAUAACUCUAACUAGUAGGGAACCAAUGUUAUGAAAUAAAGAAUGGUGUCUAUUGCGUUACUUUUCAAUAUA